GCUUAUCAAAUCUUCAUCGCGCUAUCAGAAUUAAUUCCUCCGUCAUGAUUCGCAGUUCUUCAAUACAUUCAAAAAACCUACCAAACCGAAAUGAUCUUCAAUAGACGGCAGUGAUGCUUCAUCCUGCAAAGGGCCGCAUAAGAAGCGUAACGACUUCAAGCUUCGUGCGGUUUGCCAAUCGGGUGCAUAAUCACCCUUGUCGGUCAUGGCCGUCCCCAUUGCCGUCUCAUUUGAGGUGGGAGACCACCGCAACCACCGCAACCAGCACAACCACCGCAAACGCCGCACCCCAAACUCCCCAAGCUUCCCAGGCUUCCCACGAUCUUUCUUCACAAACGCACAAGCAAAAUCGUACUACUCAUCCUAGCGCGAGAUUCAACGACAUAGGCGUACAGCAAGUUAGUUUAGGUAUCUAUAAACAAGUUUUCAAAAAUGGCGACAAUCCACCGCCACCAGAACUUGUUGAACUUUCCAUGGAACACCUGCGCCGCCAUGAUCUUUAUGGAAAGAUUACCGACAGCUCUGAACCUAUCGAAUUUGAUGUGCCCUCCCUCCAAGGUCAAACGCUGGACGAACACUUCUAUAAACUCGGUAUGGACUGCGCCAACCCGUACCUUAAGAUGGCGAAAGACUUUACACAAGCACAAGCACCUGAGCGACCAAAACAGUGGGUAAGGCAAAGCGGCUGGACAAAAUACUAUGAUGACGGAAGGGACCCUGAGAAGGUUGAGGCCCCAGAUGCUAACAUGCUUUCCUUCGACGUCGAGGUCUUAUGGAAGGAGAGUUCUUUUGCUGUUAUGGCGUGCGCGAUGAGCCCGACAAAUUGGUAUGCUUGGUUAUCGCCCUGGUUGUUGGGUGAAUCCGAGUCGGACCGGCAUCUAAUUCCAUUAGGUGACCCGACGAAGGAACGUAUUAUUGUCGGCCACAAUAUUGGGUAUGAUCGAGCGAGGAUCCUUGAAGAAUACGAUUUGAAACAGUCAAGGAACUCAUUUAUCGACACCAUGUCAUUACACGUUGCGGUCAACGGUAUGUGCUCGCAGCAGCGACCGACAUGGAUGAAGCACCAAAAAAGCAGAGAGUUACGGGAUAGGAUCUCCAAAGAAACAGACAAUAUUGAGCUGGUAAAUCUAUUAGCUAACAUCCGCGAGGAUGAAGAAGAACUCUGGGUUGAGAGAAGCUCGAUCAAUUCCCUUCGCGAUGUUGCCAAGUUCCAUCUAAACAUCGCAAUUGACAAGGCGGUCAGAGACCAAUUCGGGGAGUUGGACCGGGAGGGUGUCCUCGGGAAGCUGGACGAGCUACUAGAUUACUGUGCGGCGGACGUGGUCGUUACCCACAAGGUGUACAAGAUCAUAUUUCCUCAUUUCCUCGAGGUCUGCCCUCAUCCGGUUAGUUUCGCUGCGUUACGACAUCUUUCCUCGGUUAUCCUCCCCGUAAACAAGUCCUGGGAUGAAUAUAUCCAAAAUGCGGAAGCCACCUACCACAGGCUGUCUGAUAGUGUCCAGGAGCGUUUAGUCUCGCUUGCAGAGAAGGCGUUAGAGGCCAAGGACGACCCGAAUAAAUGGGGCAGUGACCCUUGGCUGAGGCAGUUGGACUGGUCUGGCCAAGAAAUCAAGAUGGUAAAGGGAAAGAAAAAAGGCGACCCUCCGAGGCCUGCUGCUCGCCAGAAGAAACCCGGGAUGCCUAAAUGGUAUAAGGACCUGUUCAAGAAACUCGAUGCGGAUAUUAGUCUCACGGUCAGGACUCGAAUUGCGCCGCUUUUACUCCGACUUGCGUGGGAUGGCUAUCCUUUAGUUUGGUCGGACAAAUAUGGCUGGACUUUCAAAGUACCCCUUUCAGACAUGGCGAAAUAUAGUUCAACGCAGCUUAUUAGAUGCGACUUUUCGGAUGAAACUAACGAAUUUCUAAAGAACGAUAUGACUGGAAUAUAUUUCAAGCUUCCUCAUAAGGAUGGCCCAUCUACGCGAUGCGUGAACCCUUUGGCCAAAGGCUACCUCCCAUACUUCGAUAAUGGCACUUUAUCAUCAGAAUAUCCGUUGGCGAAGGAGGCCCUCGACAUGAACGCUUCGUGUUCUUACUGGAUCAGCGCUAAGGCCAGAAUUAUGUCUCAAAUGGUGGUAUACGAAAAGAAUAAAAUUGAAAACCAAGAGCCCGCCACCGCAAACGAUGACUACGACCUUGGAUACAUACUCCCUCAAAUUAUUCCUAUGGGCACUAUUACACGAAGAGCGGUUGAGAAUACGUGGUUAACCGCAAGCAACGCGAAGAAGAACAGGGUCGGUUCUGAGUUGAAAGCAAUGGUCAAAGCACCGCCAGGUUAUUGCUUUGUUGGCGCUGAUGUCGACUCGGAAGAACUCUGGAUUGCCAGUGUCAUAGGAGAUGCCACCUUCAAGCUCCAUGGUGGCAACGCCAUUGGUUUCAUGACUCUGGAAGGCACCAAAGCUGCAGGAACUGACCUUCACUCCCGCACAGCAUCCAUCUUAGGCAUAACACGUAACGAUGCUAAAGUCUUUAAUUACGGACGGAUAUAUGGAGCCGGAAUUAAGUUCGCUGCUACCCUGCUCAGGCAGUUCAACCCUAGCCUGUCGGAAGAAGAAACGUUGGAAACUGCAGGCAAAUUGUACGCCACCACGAAAGGUACCAAGACAACCAGGAAGACACUUUCGAAACGGCCUUUCUGGAGGGGUGGGACGGAGUCAUUUGUGUUCAACAAGCUUGAGGAGUUUGCAGAACAAGAACGCCCACGAACGCCGGUUCUAGGAGCUGGUAUUACCGAAGCGUUAUUGACUAGAUAUAUUAGCAAGGGCGCCUACCUCACUUCUCGCAUCAACUGGGCCAUCCAGUCGUCGGGUGUGGAUUAUCUGCAUCUCCUAAUUGUCUCGAUGGACUACUUGAUUCGGCGUUUCAACAUUGCUGCUCGACUUUCCAUUAGUGUGCACGACGAGAUACGCUAUCUGGUCAAAGAAGAAGACAAAUACCGAGCGGCCAUGGCUCUUCAGGUUUCUAACCUUUGGACCCGAGCAAUGUUUGCGCAGCAGGUCGGCAUAAAUGACCUUCCACAAGCGUGUGCUUACUUCUCUGCGAUCGAUAUUGACCGCAUUCUCCGUAAAGAGGUUGACAUGGACUGUGUCACACCAAGUCAACCAACGCCUAUUCCACCAGGCGAGAGCCUUGAUAUCUUACAGCUACUUGAAAAAGGAGAUGAAGCGAAACUUGACGAGAAAGUUGCCCCGGCAGAGCCUAUUCCAAAGCCAGAAGAGAUUCCAUAUACGCCUAGGGUAUCUGUGAUGGAGGAGUUGAAUGCUUCGCAAGACCCCAAGGACCUCAGUUUCUUGAAGGCGCAGAUCGCGAAAGACGACCAGGAGCUUCGCGAGAUCCUCAAAGAACAGAAAAAGAACUCUGGAGGCGGAUUGGCCGGCGGAGUACUAAGCGCCCCCAAACCGAAGAAGAUAGUCCCGUACAGCUCGCAGGCACAGCUCAUACCGCACAUGUAUAGGCCGUUCGAGGCAAAAUUUACCGCGAAGCCGCGAAAUUACUCGGCGGACCAGUGGGAUUUUGAGCCCAUGCCUUCGGAGACAAAUUUCCAACGGCGGGCCUAAGAUCUGAAGUGGCGUACCGUACCGUACGAUACAAAUACUUGCGCGGCAUAUUUUUUUUCUCUCUUUUUUGUUCAUUACAUAGUAGUCACGGCACUGUUAUAAGGAGGCUUGUGACUAUGAUCUAGCGCAGUCACGAAAAGGAUGGCGAGGGCAAUGUAUUAAAAAGGCGUUUUUUGGCGGAUUUACUGUACCAUAGCAAGAGCAGAUAUACCGUUCGUAUUGAACAGUUGGUAGUCGAAUAAUACUGCGACUUGGUGGGUUGUAC